AUGCAAACUUCUCAAUGCUAAUUCUUUUUUUUUAAUAUAAAUAAGAAGUUAUUAGUAGCAUCAAAACUAUUACUAAAAAGCUAUUUUGUAUACUUUCCUUUAUAUAUUUACUUAUUUAUCUAAGGAGUUAGUGGAAAACUUGAGAUAUUAAAUAAUUAUUAAUUUAUUACUAAGUAAAUUGAUUAUAAAUCAAAAGUAAAAAAGUGUAAUAUAAAUAUUAUAUUAAGAAUAAUUACAAUAAUGAAUAAGAUAGUCAAAUAAAUAUGUUAGAAUUAUUUAUUAAUUUUCUCAUUUUUUAGAAUAGUUGAAUUAGUGUAUGCAUAAUAACUUCCUGCUUAUAAAUAUAUUUAGGCAAAGACGAUAACAUUAAGCAAUGAAUAGUAAUAUUUAUUAGUAACCCUAUAAUUGGAUGCUUAGACAAUAGGAAGGAAUAUAAUUUUUGGAUAUACAGUAAAUAAAAAUUAGCUACCUGCUAGCUUCAACGAUUUGUUAUCAGCAGGCUCCGCUUUCGAUAUGAAUUCUUAUUUAGCUUAGUUAUCAACCUAGCAAUUAUACAUUGAUAAAUAACAGCUCACAAACAUUUCUCAGAUAUACAUUUAUGUAAUAUUGACAGACCCAAAUGAUGGCUACAUCUAUUCUUAUACAGUUUCUAAAUCUUCUUCUGUUAAUUACAGUUGUCCUUGCUUAAGCAAUUGUAGUUGCUAUUCUCAUGGGAUUUCUAAAUGUGCUUAAGGUUAUAUAGGAUAAAGAUGUGAACAGUAAGCACAAGAAUUGUCUUAAAGCUAAACUCAAUAUUUAAUUUAAGGAUAUUCAUUUUUUUAUUUUGAUGCUACUGAUUAAAGCAAGUCUUAUCAACUAGGAAUAUCUGGCUUUAAUAAUUAAUAAAAUUUUGAUUUGUAUGUAAAAUAUUACAAUACGAAUUCUUCUGUUAUUCCUUAUCCACAAAAUAGCUAGUCCAUUUUAGGAAUUAACCAAACUCAAUUAAAUAUUUUAGCAAAUAGUGCUUUGAAAAGUCCUCCUUUGUAUUAUAACAGAGUCUUGAUUAAAAUAGGAAAUAGUAAUAUGCAAUCUUUUAACGUUUAAAUAAGUUUAGAUAGCACUGAUUAAGGCAGCAGCAGUAAUAAUUAACUAAUUGUAAUUAUUUUGAUUUCAGUGUGUGGUUUUGUUUUCAUUCUUCUUGUCUUUACUUUAAUAUACAUUGCUAAACUAAAUAAAAGGGAUCGAAUCCUCUAACAGUAAAAUAGAGCUCAAAGACAGAGAAACACCUAAAGGUUAAAUACUACUAUGGGAGAGGAUGAUUUAAAAAAGUACAUGCCUGCAGUUUUAUACAAAGAAAUAAAAUCUUAGCUCUUAAAGGUAUCAAAAUAGUAAGAUGUAGGAAAUUGUGUAGUCUGUCUAUGUGAUUUUGAAGAUGAUGAAAAUGUUCGCUCUACUUAUUGCAAGCAUGUGUUUCAUUCUGAGUGUCUAACUGACUGGAUGAAAAAAAAUGAAAGCUGUCCUUAUUGUCGUACUCCUUUAAAUAAGGAUAAUAUAGAAGAAAUAUAUGAUAAAUAUAAAUAUAACUCUCUUGUAUGGCUUUAGUAAGAAAGUGAUGAUGAAAUUAAAGAAAAUUCAAAAAUGAUAGGAAUGGAAAACAGUAAAGAAAUGGCUAAGAGCGAUAUUUAGGUACCCUCUAAUUAAAUAUUCAUUCAAAGUAAAUCUAGAGGUUCAUAAAACUUUUAAAAUUAAGUUGGCUCACCGAAAAAUAUCAAUGCAGAACUAUCUAAUAGCUAGAUCUAAAAUAAAAGUUUAAAUGACAAUUAAGAUAUUAAAUAAAAUAAUAAUAGAAGAAUUUCGUAAUUAAGUAAUCAUAGACCUUAACCGAUUUAAAUAAACAGCUCAUAAAAUUAAAAUAAAUUAUAAAAUAGCAUAACUAUAGAAAAUAAUAAAUUACCUAAGAAAGAUGAUAACGAUUUUGUAUUAGAAUAACAACACUAAUAAGAAUUAAACUCAAAAAGGAGUAAUGAAGAAAUCAAUUUUCAGUCUUCUGAAAACGUUUAAACUAUUAAUAAAUUCAAUUAUGAGGGGCUUGAUACUCCGGUUUAAUAGAUUUCUAUGAGUAAUACACCAGGCAGAGAAAACAGCAUUGUUUAGCUUAGAAAGAGUACAUUUUCAAAAAAUGAUUCCUUUUCUGAUGAAAAUAAGUCGAAGAACCAAAAAGUCUUUAAGAAAAAGCUUAUAAAAAACUCAAACUUUAAAAAUUAGACCCCUUUAAAAAAUUUGCUUGAUAAUACUUAGACUAAUGCUGAUAGUUCAUUUAACAAUGAUAUUAAAUCGUUUGGAAUAAUUAAUUAAGUUGUAUCAAUAGAUCAAGAUAGUAUAUAUGAUGACUAA